AUGUCGCGCGAUACCCGGAGACGCCUUAUGGCGGAGACGUCUGAAUUUGGCGAGAUGAUCACGGCCAGACCUCGGCUCAUGCGUUCUCGGGGAUCAUCACUGUCGACGCAGGACUCCUUCAACACCAGAGACGGUCUUGGGACAGGUCUUGAAGCCAGUAGCGGAUCACCAUCGUUCAAUAAUGAGAAUGGCGUGGAUGGUACGAGGGUGAAAAUGCAGACACGCGUCGCUGUUCGGGACAAAACGCCUCAUCAGUUCCAGGUCGUCCCUCUCCGCGAUGCCAGCAAGUAUGCCACGACCAGGCCAGAACUGUCGACUAAGCUGCCUACGCACUCUAAUCAUCAGCGCAAUCAAAUCCUCUGCUCGCCUUCUGGAAAACCUGCUCCCAUCCGUCAGGCGAGGACACUGGAGUCUUUGCCGUCCUUACAAUCUGUGGAGAAGGUUGCAUCGAUGGAUACUGCUGAAACCAAGGUCCCCGAUCAUUACCCUAGUCAGCUCUUCAUACCGAGCAAGUUGGUUCCUCUUCUCUCUGAUACCAAACUACCUGCGCGACAGGUUGAUGGUGGGAGGAGACUUCUGUCGGAAGUAGAUCUGAAUCGAGAACGGCGACCUUCUAUUACUGGGACAUCUGGAUCUAGUAAUGCUACGCACGAGGUGGCUCUUGGAAGGUCUCGGAAAUUCCAAACAGUCAGACCCAUCUCUAGGCGCACUUCUGUUAUCAGCGAGGCGAGAUCGACAAUGACAACUGCACACACUAUUUUACGCUCUCUACAACUUCGAGCACGCUAUGGUCAUCCCAAAUCUCAAAGCCUGAGCGACUUCGACCCAUCCAGACUAUCUCUUCUUGACCUGUAUACCGAUAGGAAGAGCCUUGCUUCGAAUGAUUCUCAAGACGAGUUGACGACGAGAGUCAGGUCACGGAAGGAUGCCCAGGAUAUCGAAGAUUCACAACUGAACCGACGCCAUGCAAUCUAUUCAGAAUCCGCUUUCUUACCGUACAUCACUGAAACGGGGCCCCCUUCUGCACGCGGCGGUGGUCUGCAUGCUGUUGACGAGGAAACGAUGUCACCGAAGCCCUAUCCUGCGUGCCGAAUGCAACUGGAUCAACAUGAACAACACGUAUCCUCUCAGGCGGGUCCAGAAACCAUCUCUACGCGAAGGGCGAAGGGACCAGACAAGAGCUUUGCAAGCCCGACAACACCUCGUCGUGUUCCUGGGGAUCUCGUCGAAAUCAAGCCCAUACAUGCGCCCUUCUCUCAUCCUUCCUUGCCAACAAAACCCCUGAACUACAAGAAAGCUUCCAACACGAAAGUGUUCGUUACAGGUUCUAGUUUACAGAUGGGUGUUGACACCGGAGCCUAUCCCAAGAUUAUUCUCGACAUCUUCGUCGACCUUGACGUGGCCAUUCGGGAAUGGAGCACACUCUGCUAA